AUGACGCCCUGCGGCAAUACUCCAACGGACGGAUCACCACGGCCACUGGAUACGCUAUCAACGGGCAGCGAUCUAACGAAACACGGUCAAAAGUCCCUUUUCUCUGCUACUCGGGUGUAUGUGCGCAUUCGUCCAUUCAGCGAGCGUGAGCUGCAGGAGAGCGGGGGGCAUCCGCCGACGACAGUGAAACUCGCGCCUGAUGGAGGCCAAAUCACAAUUUUGGACCCAUCCAAUAAUUACGAACCGCGCCUGACGUACGCGUUUGAGCACUGCUUUGACUCCACGGCUGCCGUAGAAGGAGGCGACCAGGAGUUUGUGUACCAACGCGUGGGCCUUUUUGUACUACGCAAUGUGAUUGACGGGUAUAAUGGCUGUAUAUUUGCCUACGGUCAAACCGGGAGCGGAAAGACACACACCAUGAUUGGACCACCAUUGUUGGCAGCAUGUGAAGCCCAGUACGAGGGAAGAGAAGCCUCGGUCAUGGCGAGAACGCCACCUGCUGCUAAAAACAAAUGGAGCCCGUGCAAAACUCCUUCGAGGCCUGAAAAGUCCAUGAUGAUUUCUGAAACGCAAGGUGGCAGUGACAUGACAUGCGUCGCAGAUACUAACACCCUAAGCAUGGAGGGUCUUAUCCCUCGUCUGGCACGUGAUAUUUUUAAUUCUCUACGUCUCAAGCACAAACUGAAUGGUUCACACUCAUUUCGUGUGGAAUUUGAGUAUUAUGAAAUUUAUAAUGAGAAGGUCUUUGAUCUGAUGGCCGGAGAAUCUAACGGUACUAAAACAGAACUGCAUCUGCGCCAUCAACCAACAUGUGGCGCUUAUGUAGAGGGGCUCGUGCGGAAACAUGUGGUGGAAGAAAAAGAACUCCUGCAGUGGAUCCGGCGAGGAAGUGCAGAACGCCACACGGCCUGCACAAAGGUGAAUGACCGCAGUAGUCGAAGUCAUGCUAUAGUUUCUCUCCACAUUGCGCAAAUGACACUGGAUGAGGAUGACAACAGUAGCCGUGUGAGCAGCAAGUUGAACCUUGUGGAUCUCGCAGGAUCCGAGCGCACAGGUGCGAGUGGGGUGGAGGGAAAGCUGUUCAAGGAGGCAACGAAGAUAAACCUUUCUCUCACCGCACUAGGAAGAGUCAUUGAUGCCCUUGCAGACCUUUCCUCCGGUAAGCAAGGUGUUUUUUGCCCCUACCGUGACUCCAACCUCACAUGGCUUCUAAUGGACUCGCUUGGGGGAAACAGCAAGACGUCGAUGGUGGCCACCAUCUCACCAAGUGCCACGCACUAUCAGGAGACGUGUCAAACCCUGCGUUAUGCGUCACGCGCGAAGCAAAUUGUCACCAGGGCCAUCAUCAACGAGGACCCACAGGUGCGGCAGAUAAAGGCCCUGACGGCGGAGGUUUCACGGCUUCAGCGUCUAUUACGUGAACGGCCGCAGGUUGGACACAGCAAUGAAGAAGUGGAACAACUUCAGGAUCGUGUCUUGCAACUGGAGCAGGACGUUGCAGACCGCGACUUCACAAUUGAUGAGCUUCGCUCUCAACUGCUGGAAAAGAAUGUCGCAGAGAUGAAAAAACUUGCGGAUGAAAACAGCCGGCUGCAGCACGAGGCAAAAGACCUUCGGCGCGCCAAGUUGACGGUGCUACGGCUACAGAAUGAGUUGCAGGAGGCAACCGAAGAAAAAGAACGUCUCCGUGCCCAGCUGGCGGCACUGGAAAAGGAAAAACAAGAGCAAGUAGCAUCCCGCUUGAUUAUUCACCCCGACAAAUCGCCGACGAAGGCUGCGGCGGGAUCAAAGAGGAGUGACUUAGAGCUUCAACUUGGGAACGACACAUUGCAAACCUUAAAGCGCCUUGGAAUUGACAGUGAAAACGGCAACUACGCAAGCCUUGUGGAUGCCAUCACACGCUGCGCCGCGGAUGCCACAGAGAAGUACGAUGCCAUGCUUCAGAAGAACACAAUUUUGAUCGAUUCCCACAGCUGGUCUUUGCGGGAGAACCUGAAACAGCUGGAGCGCAAAGAAUGGGAGGUGCUCACCGCCAUUGGAAAUAAACUUCUUGCAUCGUUUGAGCGGGCAUGUGCAAAAAGCGAAAAGAUGCAAGAGGAAAAGAUAAAGGAGUCAUCCAUGCCGUUGGUGAUGCCGAGAGGCAUGCAAGACAAGGGGCAAACGAGGCAGAAUUUGAGGGAACUGUCAAAUGCGUACGCGACCGUAAAUGGAAUGAAGGAGCAACUACGCAUUGAGAAGGAACGCGCGGCAAACUCGGAAAGGCAACGAGACUGCCUCCAGCAACAAUUGGAAAGACUCGCCACUGAGCGAGACGGCCUGUGGAGGAGCUGCGAGAAGCAAAAGAAGGAGACGCAAUGGCUGCAAACGAGGGAAAAGGAUCUGAAUGAGAAACUCACAGCAACGGAAGCAACGCUGCUGCAGGCGAAAAAUAACGCGGAACUCCUGCAAAGAAAUUACACUGGGAUUUUUGAAGCUUUGGCUUUGCUAAUGGAAGAAGGGUUUGAGGCGUAUCGUUGUCUUUUCACCGAGGAAGCGGAUGAGCGCUGCAGCCUUGUUGACAGCCGCCAUGCAUCACGACUUCAUCAUGAACGACGUCUCUUGGACGGGAAGAUGGACGAGAUGCGAGAGGAACACAAGAACGCCGUGGCAAAAGCAGCCGCUCACGCCCGUUCACUGCAAGAAAAUAUGGAUCUCCUGCGCAACGGCAUCUCGAAGCAGGAACGGGACCUCGUGGAAUUCGCAGCUCAUAUGGCAUCCGCACUCACUGCCCAAUCUGAAUUGCGGCUUGCCCUCUUUCAUGAAAAAUUGCAUCUGCUGACAGACUUCUCCGAGCGUUACGCUGCGACACUCCACAAGAGUCACAGUAAAUUAUGGGAUAAAAUUGCGCGUGUUGAACAUGACGCAGAAACUCGGAUAGGAGAUGCCCGCUCUCUUCUUGAAGAGGAAAUCGUGCAUUUCAACGAGAAGCUGCAACAGAAGGAAGAAGAAGUUAGGCGUGUCAAAGAACUCCAUGAGGUUGAGAUGCGUGCACAACAAGCGGCCAAACGUCUAGAGAUGGAAACAUGGAAUUGUCAGACGAGACAAUAUUUGGAAACAGUGGAACAGCACUUGAAUGGAGCGUUAAAAUUUAACGAGGAUAAAUUUAAUAUGCUUCUUGAGAAGAUACAUAAUAACUACGAGACUCACGUUCAACAACUGUUUAAUCAGCUGGAAGAAACAGCCGGUACGGUGAGAGAUCUGCAAGCGGAAAUAAACGCAAUGAAGCAUCAACAUCUUCAAGAAAUGUGCAUGGAAAAAGAACAACACCAGAGUGAACUUAAACUGAUGCAACUUCUUCUCCAGAAGAAAGAUGAUGAGGCAUAUGAAACGCAGCGGCAACUUCAACUAACAUAUAAUGAGAAGGAAAAGGAAUUGCAGGGAAUAAUAAAUACCACAAAAAACACAAGGGAUGAGGCUCAUAAAAAUUUAACACAGAGUAUUCAACUCUUACAAGCUAUGCAAAGGUUAUUGGAAGCAAACAGUUCACACUACAACGAACACAUUGAUGGGAAAUGGAGCAUUGUCAGCAACGCUAUGGAAAGUCUUAAGGCCGAGCACUCAGCGCUUGUGGCGAAUAUGGUUCGGCGCGCGGCAGAGACGCAGCGGAGCCAUGGGGAGAAGCUUAGCAGUCUUCAACAGGAGCACGAGCUCACAGUAACUAAACUGAGGAGAGAGGUUAACAUUUCCAGGGCUGUACUGCAGCAGCAGCGAGAGGAUGAAAAGAAAGAGGCUGCGGCGUUGCGUACUGCCCAUUCGGAGCAGUUGUCUUUCUUUAUCCGGAAGAGCUGCAUGCUUUUUGCGGAACACGCGGCUGAGAGACAGUCCAUUGCGCAGCAAGAGGAAGCAGCCCGCGUGGAGAUGGCUGUUGCACUCCGUCAGAUGACGAUGCGAUCUCUCCACUGCGAAGAAUUGCAUCGGGAGUUGGUUGGGAGCCACGCGGCGUUUGCGGCGCACUGCACAGCGGAGCAUGCUGCAUGGGUGCAGGCGGCUUGUGAGGUGCUGUCAUCGGUGGGUGUCGCAACACGGCGCCGCAUGGGGGAGUGGCGGGAGAAGCAUGUGUUUGACUGUUUGCGUUUGGAGGAGAAGCUGCGGGAGAUCCUCGUUGUGUGGGAAGCAGGUGAGUCAACUAUGCUCCACGCCUUUGGUGACUCUUUGCUUUUGUGUGCCAAGGAGAUUGGUGUAAUUACGCAUGAGGCGAAUGUGGCGACAAAAGCAUUGCUUUUUGAGAUGGAUUCCCCCAUGGAACGCAAGUUGCCGCCAAUUUCAAACCCUGUGAUGACGAUGAUGAUAUUUUUGGUACAGUACAAACAGUGUGCUUACGAGGAGUUUGCGGUGCAUCGUGCCUCAGUGGAGGAUGUGCGUCAGACACUGAGUGUGGGUAUCGCCACGGAAACCCUGCGGCGCGAAUAUGAGGUGACGAUCACGGCGCUGGAGGAGCAUUUCUAUCAAGAGAUAUGUGCCUUGCAGAAGGAAAAUGCGGAGCUGAAGGUCAAAUUGAGCAACCUUCGUGAGAACCUGGAGUUCCAGGCCAGCCUGGACCAGUUGGAGGAAGAGAUAUCGCUCCGUAACGCAAAACAGGACACACAGCGCCACACAGAUGGGCCGCACGCCGGCAUGUACGGCGGGAAUGAAAAGGCCAACGCAGCGACAUUUCGCCACGCCAAUACGAGACUGGGUGGUUAUUUCUCUUCCUUUUUUCAUCUUUCAGGGACGGGGGGGAAUGAUGCAGCCAUGAAGGGCACGCGUAUAAUGGAGAUUUCAGCAAAUGAUGACAACGAAUAUGAGCGGGAGGCGCUUCCGCCAUUACACACGCCCCCGCCAACGGCUAGACGGUCUCCGGUGCCAAUUGACGCGUCCCAUUCAUCCCUGGCUGCCAGCCCUGCGACAAGAGUGAACCAGGUGCCGCGGUUCAGCAAGAAACCAAAAAGAGCAGAUGAUUUUCUGUGGACUAUGGAAAACUCUCAGAGGUGA